UUAUUUUUCACUUCAUAGUGCUAGUAAAAAGAUUGUAGGUUAGGCAAAAUCCAAUAUUUGUAAUUAAUAGUAAAUAAGUUUAAUUUUAUGGAUUUGAAUUGUUAUUUAGCUAGCGACACCUAUUUUGUCUUUCUCGUUCAUUUGAAAAGAAUAUUGAGUCGAUAUCUUGAAAAUAGUUGAGAUCCAAUUGUGCCGUAAUAGUUAGUAACGUUAGCCGAACAGCUCAAAGCUAUAUAGAAAGAACAGAAUCCAUAAUGGCGUAAAGCGUAAACGCGUAGCCUAACCAAAUUACCAAAACGCUUUGAAUUUAGCUCUAUAAAAAUCUAUUUCUUGUUGUUGUUUUGUGUUUCAAAGAAGCUCUGUUUUUCAAGCAUGUCGGAAUCGGAAUCGGAAUCCAAGGAGUCCGAUGAAGUGAAAAGUGAAAAGGAGGAUGAAGUAUCUUCAAUCAAAAACGACCAACAUAAUGACAAGUCCUCUGAACAGAAAAAGAAGAAGAAGAAGAAAAAACACAAGCAUCACAGCAAGCACAAGAAAUCCGAUGAGAAACAUGAAAAGAAGCGUCAUAAAAAGCACAAACAUAAAAGAGACGAAGAGAAUGGUGACGUUAAAGAAAGUAAAAAACCUAGAAAAUCAAAGGACGAGGAGCCAGAGGUGAAUGAACCACGUAAAAACGACGUCAAGUCUGGAACUCAUUGUGAUAUUGAAAUUGAAAAAGUUAAAUUGGUGACGAAUGGUACAAAAGCGGCGCUUCCUCCGAAAUGUCGCUCCACCAGCACUCUGACUGCUGCAGGCCUAUCAGGCCUAACACCUGCUAAGAAUGCGCUCAAAGCCAAAUCUCCGGCGAUUGCCACUGAUUCUGAAAUUGAAGUGUCUGCUAUUGAGGACGAAAUGAAUUUGGAAGACUUGAUGCGACAAAAGGCGCUGCUUCAAGCUCGGUUAGGUGCUUAUAUGUCAGAAAUUGAGACAUCCAUACCUAAUAUUUCUGUUGCUAUUUUUUUCAGAAGUAAAGAAAAAGAUCGAAAACCCAGAGAUAAUAGAGUAAGAGAAAAUGACCCACAAAGGAAAAGGUUUCGAGAUGCCGAUGCUAUUAUACAACGAAGGAAGGAAGAUCGUGAACGAGAAGAGAGGAGGCUAGAAAGGAGGAAGGAAGACGCUAAAAGGAGGGAAGAGGAGCUAAAGAAGAGAGAAGAAGAAUUCAAAAGGAGAGAAGAGGAGAGAAAAAAACGAGAAGAAAGAAGGAGAGAAGACGAACGACGUGAUAGAAGGGACGAUGAAAGAAGAAGAGAUGACGAAAGGAGACCAAAUGAUAUGAGAGCUGUGCCGGACAGACGACCACCAAAAAGGAGGAGUCGCUCUCCUAUUGAUAGAGACAAUAAUCGUGGAAGAGAUGCCGAUAGAGAUCGUGAACGAGAUAGACGCGACCUUGAUAGGAACAGAGAUAGAGAUAGGAGGCCCCUAGGAGAAAGAGAUAGAUAUCAUCGAUCUAAUAGUAGAGAUAGGGCAAAAGAUGGCUACAGAGGUUGUAGGCAUCGUAAAGGUAAAUCAGAUAAGGGAGACAAGUUCAAAGACAGUUUAUCGGAAGGUUUGAAAGUAGAAGCUUCGUCUUCUUCAAGUGAUGAGCUGGACAACAUCAACAUUGUUGAAGAAGAGGAUGAAGAAGCUAUUAUUGAAAAACGAAGAAAGCAAAGAGAGGAACUUCUAAAGCGAUUGGGUGCAGGUGCAGGCAGUGAGGACUCGAACACGGUGUCUAGUCCGGUGGCGGCGACCAGUCCUGCCAAGCAGGAGGUGGCACCUCCCGCCCACACCCCUGCCCCCACCGCGCCACCGCCCCAAGCCAAGCCGAAACGCAAGUCGCGCUUCGAGCCCGAAAUGGCCGCCGCGCAGCCAACUGCCACCGAAAUGGCCGCCAAGCAGAAGAAGGAGGGCAACAAAUGGGACAUGUUCGCUGAAGCUGAUGUCCUGCAUUACAAUAGUCCCGGAAUGCUGGAGAAAGGAGGUUUGCCGGAGAAUCCGAGCCUGACGGACAACUGGGACGACGCCGAAGGCUACUAUCGCGUUCGCAUCGGGGAGGUGCUCGACUCGCGCUACGUGGUCUACGGCUACACGGGCCAGGGCGUCUUCUCCAACGUGGUGCGCGCCAGGGACGGCGCCAGGGGCAACCACGAUGUCGCUGUCAAAAUUAUUCGCAACAAUGAAAUUAUGCACAAAACUGGUUUGAAAGAACUGGAAAUCCUCAAACGACUAAACGAUGCUGAUCCUGACGACCGAUUCCAUUGUCUGAGGCUUUAUCGACAUUUCUUCCACAAGCAGCAUCUUUGUAUGGUGUUUGAGCCUCUCAGUAUGAAUUUGAGAGAGGUACUGAAGAAAUAUGGUAAAGAUGUUGGACUCCAUGUGAAAGCAGUCCGUUCCUACAGUCAACAGCUAUUUCUGGCUUUGAGAUUGUUGAAGAAGGCCAACAUUCUCCACGCUGAUAUUAAACCAGACAACAUUCUUGUGAAUGAGAGUAAAUUGGUUUUAAAACUUUGCGAUUUUGGAUCAGCAUCUCAUGUAGCCGAAAAUGAAAUAACGCCAUAUUUGGUCAGUCGUUUCUACCGAGCUCCAGAAAUAAUUUUAGGUAUUCCGUACGAUUUUGGCAUCGAUGCCUGGUCGGCUGGUUGUACAAUUUAUGAGUUGUAUACUGGUAAAAUUUUGUUCUCUGGAAAGUCAAAUAAUCAGAUGUUGAAGUUUUUUAUGGAUCUGAAAGGAAAAAUACCAAAUAAAUUGAUAAGAAAAGGCCAAUUCAAAGAUCAACACUUUGAUUCCAAUUGUAAUUUCCUGUACCAUGAGGUCGAUAAAGUAACUGAGAGGGAAAAAGUGGUAGUGAUGAGUACAAUGAACAUAACUAGAGACCUGCAGACAGAGCUGGUCGGCAACCAGCACUUGCCAGAAGAACAGGCGCGUAAGGUGCAGCAAUUGAAGGACCUCCUCGAGCGGAUUCUGAUGCUCGACUCGUCCAAGAGGAUUGCCAUCAAUCAGGCGCUGGUCCACCCUUUCAUCCAGGAACGCAUCUAACUCAUCUCUAAGCCUAUCUCUCUUCUUUACCCUGUGUGCUGGUUAGACGCAGAGGUAACUCGACACCCUGAAAGUCCAUUAGUGAAGAGUAAUUGAUCAUUUUCUGUCUUACCACCCUAUUUAUAAAUGUUAUGCUAAUUCAACUAGCACGGAAAAUAAAGUUAAAGUAAUAUUAUUGUGAUAUAGUUCUGCUACAAAACUAUUUUAGCAAUGCUAAUCUCAGAAAUUUACACUAUGAUUUAUUUACUCGAAUACUCUUGAACGCUAUUUAUUGGUCAGAAACCUCUCUUGAUGGCGAACAUUUAUAUUAUUAAGAAUAAUUAUUUCCAAAACAAAACUAUAUCAAUCUGUUCGAAGAUUACCGCAAUGACAAACAUUACAAAUUCAAAUGAUCUUUAUUCACAAAAAAGUAAUACAGCAGCAGAAACAUUAUAUAAAUAGUGAAUAUUCCCCACAAAGACAACAAGUCUGGGUGUGGGGAAUGAGCACCGUGAACUGCAUUAUAACAACCUGACAGUUGAAGAUUUACAAUAAAAAAACAA